AUGGUCGAAGGUGAUUUUGUCGAUGAGCAAUCGAACAUUGCCUUACUAAGCUCCAAAUCCAUGUGUGGUGAUCAUCAUAGCGUCAAGAAUAGCAUAGGGGAUGAGAUCUUUAAAUUAUUGACAAAGAUUUUAAAUUCGGAUGAGAAAGCAAGCGGAGAUGUGCACACACUCGUUUCUGGGACCCCGGAUCUCUCAAAUUUUAACCUCGAUAAUGAACCACUGGAAAACAUACUCGCUGUUUUCAUAAUAUCUUUUAUUAUUGUAGUGGUUGGAGUUUUACUACUUGGGUUGAUUGGCAUGAUAUUCAUAUCUCUCCGUUCAGGCAGCAGUAAUGAUAAGAAACUACAGUCCAACGAUGAAGAAAAGCAAGCACUUGCUGAAAAAGCAUGA